AUGGAAGCGUUAGACGACAACCCCUUAGGGAUUUCUAACCUCCUGUGGUCCUGCUCGCCAUUUCCUUCUCCUCACAAAGACCUCCCACCUAAGCUUUGGCAUGUUCAACAUGGACACUCGCAGUCUUUCAUGACCUACGACGGCGGCUUUAUAGCCGCCGCCGGUUAUCGGAGCAUCAGAGAUGAUGCGGAUCUCAGGCUACAAGCAAGCAGGCAUUUCGACUGGGACACGCAUCUCCACGAGGAAACUUUGGGUUGGCAAUCGUGUUUCAUCUCCGCCUUUGGAGACAGACGCCAUGCCGAAAACUGGGGGAGACAGCGUGGCGGCCCUGUUGCACUAUACGAAAUCGAAACCCAGCUAUUAAUUUCAUCAAUCGUCUUCGACGCCGUCAAGCUUUGUGAUCUUCUCGAGAUAAGAGAUCACUCAUUUGCAAAGAACGAGUUUAUGUUUUUGGAUCGAAUUCCGGGGUACUGCCUGAGCGAUCAAUAUCAGCUCGUUGGUAGGCAAUAUAUCCGGCGGCCAGAUUGGCGUGCCACUGAUGUACCUCGUCCUACUAUUCUUGGUGUGAGCAGCCGAGCUGAUUCCAUCAACUUUACAGGCUUAGCUACUGUACUCGGAUUUUUCGGGCUAGAAUAUUUACUCCCGAAUUCCGAGGCCUGUGAUGGACACGGAGGCCUGCCCAUGGAAUCAGCCAACACUGAGGACGAUGUGGAGGGCUUGAUCAACAGCUUUAGGGCGUCUUUGGCUACUCUAAAAUCGACCUGUGAAAUGUUCAGAGCCAAUUUUUUCAGGCCCGUGAAAUCAACCAACGCCGAUGACGAUGUGGACAGCUUGGUCAACAGCUUUGAUGCCACUUUACGUCUGAAUAACGACAACACCCCUAUUCCGCAGAACAAUACGUCCAAAAUCUAA